GUGGGAGAGUUGAGGCAGUGGGAUGGCAGGAUUUGCCCAGCACCAUGGUAAGAGUUGGGAGGCAGAGCUGUGCUUGUGGCUGCAUAACUUUGGGUCUCACUCCUUUGCAGAGCAAAGAGCGACUGCGGCGUGCCGUAAAGAUGCAUGAACUAUUUUUUCAACAAGCCAGCUUGGACAUACCAUGGCCGGCUGUGGCAGCAUGAUGCCUGCUGUGUUAAUUCACCCUUAGGCUUGUGGACAGGAGAGAUGCAGAGAGAUGCGUGCGGGCAGGGGCAUGCGGUGCUGGAGACGGACAGGAGGGAGCUGGCUCCUGCAUGAACCGUGGCGUAAGGAGAGCAAGCGAGGGGCCAAGCCUGGCUGCGGUUCCCCACGCACCUCCCCGACCACCCUCGGCAUCCCCCUGCUUUUAGUGCUGCUGGCCCUUAUCCGGCAGCAGAGGCAAUGGGCUGGAGAGCAGGAAGCACUGUAUCUGGAUGGAGCAUGCAAGCCUCGCACAAAAGAGUUGACGGGGGAUUCCAUAGGUGGCUCAUUUCCAGCUUCCUCCCACCGAUGCCACCACAAGCAGAAGCACUGCCUUCCCAUCCCGCAGUGUGGAACUCUGACCAUCAGCCCUCUGCUUUUCCAUCCGCACACGAAGGGAUCCCAGAUCAUCAUGGACACGACACAGAAGGCAGUGAAACGCCAGGCUAGCUUCUGCAACGCCAUUACCUUCAGCAACAGGCCCAUCGUUAUUUACGAACAAGUCAGGCUUAAGAUCACUAAAAAACAGUGUUGCUGGAGUGGGGCUCUUCGAAUCGGGUUUACUUCCAAGGAUCCAUCAAGGAUUAACCCUGACACCCUGCCGAAGUACGCGUGCCCCGACUUGGUUUCCCAAAGCGGUUUCUGGGCCAAGGCUCUGCCGGAAGAGUUUGCCAACGAGGGGAACAUCAUCGCCUUCUGGGUGGACAAGAAGGGACGGGUUUUCUAUCGGGUGAACGACUCUGCCGCGAUGCUGUUCUUCAGUGGGGUGAGGACAGCAGAGCCCCUCUGGGCUUUGAUCGACGUCUACGGGCUGACCCGCGGGGUGCAGCUCCUAGACAGCGAAAUCAUUCCUCCCGACUGCCUGCGGCCCCGCUCCUUCACUGCCAUCCGCCGGCCCUCGCUGCGGCAGGAGACGGAGGAUGCGCGCCUCUCGGUCAGCCUGUGCGACCUCAACCUGCAGGAGGAGAGCUUCCACGUGACGGCCACCACGUGCCCCAUCCCGCAGAACUCCCUCAACUCCCAGCACUCCCACCUCCUCCCCUCCCAGCUCGAGAGCGACCUCCGCUUCCACCACCUCCGGGGAGCCCACGUCAAAAUCCUCGAUGACCAAACCGUGGCCCGCCUGGAACACGCCCGGGAGGAGAGGACUUUGGUUUUCACCAGCAGACCCCUUCGGAUCAACGAGACCAUUUUCGUCAAGAUUAACAAGUCCAAUGCCGCACGCACGGGGACGCUGUCCUACGGGGUGACGUCCUGCGACCCCAGCACCCUGCGCCCCAGCGACCUCCCCUAUAACCCUGAGUCCCUGGUCGAUCGGAAGGAGUUCUGGGCUGUCUGCCGGGUCCUGGUGUCCCUCCAGAGUGGAGACAUCUUGGGAUUUAUGGUGAAUUUGGACGGCGAGCUGCACCUGAGUCACAACGGUGCCAGCACCGGCAUGCAGGUCUGCGUGGACUCUUCCCAGCCCCUCUGGAUGUUCUUUGGUUUACACGGUGCCGUCAUGCAGAUCCGUUUGUUGGGUUCCACUAUAUUAGCCGAGCGUCUGGGGCCAUCCACACCAAGCUCACCCACGUCAACACCCAAUUCCCCGACCAUCCUCUGCAGUGGUGUCUCUGACCCCAUACUGUCGACAUGUGGCUCUGGCCCACUCUGCAGCUCUAUCAGUGGCACAGCUCCCAACUCUCCUGUCAGCUUGCCUGAGUCACCCAUCUCCCCAUCCAUCUCAGGGCCCUGGGGAGACGAAUGCACCAUCUGCUAUGAGAACAUGGUAGACACGGUCAUUUACUCCUGUGGACACAUGUGUCUCUGCUAUUCAUGUGGGCUGAAGCUCAAGAAGAUGGCCAAUGCUUGCUGUCCCAUUUGCAGACGAGCCAUCAAAGAUAUCAUCAAAACAUACCGCAGCACUUAGAGCAGCAGCAGAUGCUGUGGUGGGACUAGGGAGGUGGAGAGGAGGCUGUGAAAUAACGCAGGUCUCAGUCUCUAUUCAUCACCUGGGAGAUUCAAAAACCAUCGCCCACCACCACCCUGAUCCCCACUUCCAUGGACAACCGAUGACACCAGCUUAGAUGCUGCUCUUCUACCCUCCAAGCAAGCCCUGGGCCUGAACUCCAGUGCAUCAGAGAAAUCACAGUGGACUACUGUCUCCUACAGAUUUUAAAUUUUAUCUCAAAAACAAAACAAAACAAACAAACAAACAACAAAAAAACAAUAGCUGGAGCAAUCAUCCUUUUUCUACACCAUGCACAGUGGAGGGGAAUGUCCAAUGUUUAGCAGGGAGAGCAAGUGGUAAAAGGUUCAGUGCUGCACCUCUCCUUCUGAAGACACGGUGUGUGCAGAGGACACCUUGGCAGAAGAGGAGAAAUAAGCAAUGUGUUUCUGUGUACAACUAGCCUGACCAUAGGAAGCCCAUUAGAAAGUGUGGAGUGAGGCAAAUAUUGACCCAGCAAGGGAGAUGCAGUGAGCACAUUCGCAGUGGAAGGCCUGGAGCCAGUGCAGAAAAAGACCUGGAACUUUUGAAGCAAAAUUCUCCCUGUGGACAUGGGGAGAACAGCACCAUGGCAGUACCUUGAGGGCUGUCCUGCUGUUCCCCAGCAGAGGCGUUCACGGUGGGUUUGGCAGCCAACACUGGCCACCCUCCCUCCCAGCAGCAUCCCGCCACCUCCUGUCGCCAGCCUGUUGCAUGACAAGCAUCUCUCACACCCCAUCACCACCGAGUUGCUGUGGCUUGUCCCAGAUGGUCUCCAUGAAGCUCAAGGGAUCCAACAGCAUCUCUGCCCCCAUGGCCUGCAGGAGAGGGAGAUACACCUCCCUCGCCUUUCCUCCCCUUACCAUCGAGAUAACACUUCUAAAAAAAAAGAGAAAACAAACAAACAAGCCCAGAAACACAUACAAAAACAAACAAAAAAAAAAAACCAACCCCACUGGGGGAGAAUGUAUAAACUACAUGUCUGUGGGUCUCAUUUACUGGUAACUUUAUCACUGUGCUUUAAGACAAAAACAGCCAGGUGGUACUUAGCCAGCCCUUCAACAGCCAGCCCGCCGGCAGGACAUGGCUGUCCUUAGGUGUUAGAAGGGGAAAAAGAAAAUUAUAGCUUGAGGGGUUUAGUUUGCUUCGGUUUAUUUAAAAAGCCCCCCCCCCCCCCCCCCCCGGGCCCAGCUCCCCACUGUGGGUGCCUGUAAUGGCGGCCCCCAUGGCUGCCGUGACAACCACUGCACCAUCAUGGCUGCCAGCCUGGCCCAGAGCUGCUGGACGUUGGGCCCAGCCAGGGCAGCUCUGCUGUAGCUGGUGCUCCCUGUCUCCCCUCUGGCCCCCAUCCUGGUGCCUCCAGGGCUGUGUGGGAGGAAGAGGUGGCACCUGGGCCCAGGAGGGUGGUCAGGGCCGGGGUGCAGCAGAUGCAUUUGCCCUGCCAUGUUGCCCACCAGCCCGGGCUGGGGAAGGGCGUGAGGUUUUACCCAUCCUGCUGAGCCUUCUCCUGGCAUGGCUACCCACAGCCCUGCGUGUAGUGGAGCAGGUGAAGGAGCACCUGCCCACAGGGGCUGCUCCUGAGAGCACCUGGAAAACAUGGCCUUGCUCUGUCCCCUCGAAGAAGUCAAUGAAGAUGCUGAGAGCUGGAGGGCGCAUCUUAGAGCCUUUCUCUAAAGGCACCGCCAUCACUGCAGCCUACUGCAGGGACCUGCAGCCACUCCCUGCCCGCCUGGCGGGCAGUCCGUGACUUGAACGCUGAUACCCUGGUUACAGGGAUUUACGUUAUUUCUUUGCACACUUCUCAUGUCCACCCCUAACCCAGGGGCUCAGCCCUGUGCUCUGGGCUGGCUGUCAAAAGCCCUGGAGCACCCUGGCUCCUGCAUUUGGACCCCUCAGUGAGAGGUUGGAGGAAAGGGUGACAGCUGCCAUGCCAGGAGCACAGCCAGUUUGCAGGCAUGGAGCCAGCCUCCAGGACAGCACAGUGACUGGCAGGCAUGGGGAGCCUGUGUCAGUAGUUAUACAAACACCAGUGCAAAAAUUUCAGAGAGGGAGAACCCAAGGGGUAGGAACGUGUCUUUGGAAUAGUGGAUGUAGGGAAAUGUGCAAUAAGCAGCCUCCCAAGCCUUCACCGUGUCAGUGGGACCAGUUUCCUCCUGUGCAGGGCAAGCCAAUGGGUACAUUUUAUUUUUCAAGAAACUCCAUCCAUGGGUAUCAGUGCAGUGGUGUGAAUUCCCUUUUCACCUUUUGAAUUCAGAGUGUUUUAAUAUAUAACUGUGUUUGUUUUACUGUGGACCAAACUCUAGGAGUUAGCAGAAGCUGAAAGCUCCCCCAGCAUCCAAGCUCAAAAAUUGGGGUUCAGUCCUGCUCCAGUAUCAGCUGGCCUCCAGUUGUGAGCAGGUAGGAGAGCAAGGCUCUCUCCAGGGAGAAAAAAACAGCAAAAGCAGUAACAGUAAGAACAACAGUCCUAACCUUUUGUUUUGUUUGAAUUGUGUAGGUUCCCACGUACCUCUGUGUUCUUGUGUCAUUUGCAUUUCAUCGCUUUACUUUAAAAUGUUUUGUGUUCUGUUUAAAGAGAAGAAUAACUAAUUGUGAAAAAUUGGAUAACUGUGAUUGUGAAUAAAGUUGAUUUAGGCAUCCUGCAGCAGCAUGAGUGACUGAGUAUUUGCCACUUCCGUAAGCGUGGCAAAACAUGACAGGCAGGCAAGAACAAGAGGCUGAGGUAAGAGCAAUGGUGGCAAGAAAGCUGCUUCCUUGUGACCCUCUGCAGUGAGGAAGGACCCCACCACAGCCCUCCCCAUACUUCAGGUAGGGCCAUCCAUCCCCAGGGCUUCCCUGGCCGGUGGCUUGUUGGGCCUGAGCCCAGGGACUGCGCUAGGGGAGGAUGAGGAGGAGGAAGGAUGAGGAAGAGGGGAAAGAUGCUCCUAAAGUCGUACAGGAGUGGCAGAACUGGUGCACCAUCGCCACCUGGUGUUCCGAGCACAGCACUGCACUUGGUAGGCUUUAUCAUUAAUUUUUUAAGGAUUGGUUUUGCUCCUUUUCACAACUACACAUACGUGGGACCAGAGGAAUUAGUCUGGGUACAACAUAGCUCUGAUGGUGGAUCUCAGAGAAAAAUGGGGAAUGAAGGGAACAAUUAAUGGUGGGUUACAAUAUACAAGGGUGUACAUUAGAGUAAUAUGUUGAUUGCAUUGGCCUAGAAAAACCUUUCCAACCCUAAGGAUCAUGCUACACACACACAGAAGGGAAGGCACAGUUCCCAGGCAUGCUCCUCACGCAUCUGUUUGUACUUUAAAGCACCCAGGACUGGGUUCUGCCUUGGUAAUUCCUUGCAACCUUCAGAGAGCUGGGGUGCCCAAGCAGGGCUCCUUGUGCACCACCCACCUAUGUGCCAGCAUGGAGGAGCAUCUCACAAGUGCCAUUAGCAAAUGCUGUGCCUCUGAUGACAGCUGGCCCAUCUCCAGGGACAUCAUUUCUUUGCAAGAUGUUUGUGAAGUGCUGCAGCAGGGAGCAAAGGCAUGCCCCCCUGCUAAAAUGAAGGACACAUGCAGGCAAGCUCAGCCAUCCCCUACUGCAGCAACAAGCAGUUAGUGAGAGCCAACCCCCUCUGCAGCUCUGAUUUGCAAUGUGGAAGCCAGGCACUAGGAAUGACCCUUUUUACCUACAGGUUUGCAAACUGCUAACAGACAAGGAAGCAGACAAUUGUGGACAAUAUUUCAUAGAGGUGUCCCAUAGCUGAGCUGGGGAUUGACGUGCUCGAAAACAGUCUUGUUUAGAAUUACAUCCCUUAUUACAACUCGCCCCACUCUGCAUUCCCUAAUCCCACUGCCCCCUGCAUCUUCAGGGACAUCCCUCAUAAGGAGCAGGGAUCCAUUAGUAGAAGCUCUUUAGUCUCCCUUACUCAUCUGCUUCCCAUAGCAGGAAAUUUCUACCUAUUAUUUGGGCCUCCAAACCCAGCAAGGAGCCAGCAGGGCCCAGCACAGGACCCAGCAACCUUGCAGGAUCAAAUCUUAAAAUCUCAUGUUCAACCGCAGCCUGCUCUGCAACCUGCACGCAGAGGUGUUUAAGAACUCAUCCCAACUUGCUCAGCAACCCUUUUAUCACAGAAGGGCCACCCAAGCAAAAGAAUGCUUCCCUUCUUAUUUUGGAUCUGAUGCCAGCAGAUCCAAAAGCCACACUGAAGUGUAUCUUAAGACCUUGCUCAACACGUACAAAGGGUCUUUGUGUUUGAGGGCAGCAGUCCAUAAAACUUUGUGGAUUAGGAGACAAAAAUACAGGUACAGUAACAACUCAGAGCCAGGGGACAAGAGAAGAUCCUUUAUCCAUUUAAGCCUGAGCUGAAAUUUGCAAUUGCAUAUACAUGUAAGUCACAAGUUAUUUUGGGAAAGUUAAAUUUAGUGGUUUGACAAACCGAGCGGAAUUAAAAACACUAUUGAAAAAGUUGAAAAAAAUGAAAUAAACCAACUGGAUCACAAUUAAAAAGGUCAAAAAUUUAUUUUUCCUUAGGGCAUAAGAGGCAAUGUAAACAAAAUACAAAAAAAUCACAAGUCAAUUCUUACAGUCUGCAAGCAUUUGAAGAUAGAGUACCCUUUCCCCACCUCCCCCCAGAACACUGCAAGCCUGCUCAAAUGUUAUCAAGCAACAAUUCUGGACCCUGAAGGUCUAGUGAAUUUUGCCAAAUCCCAAACAGGGAGUAAGCUUCUCAUGUAAGAAGGACACUGCAUCUGUUUUUAUCAAACACUUCAAAAAAAAAAGUCCAACAAAAUAUAAAUAUUACAGAUGAAGAUCAGAUUUAGCACCACCUUUGGUCCAAGCAAUCAAUGAACUGGGAGAUGACAGGUACAGUCUGUUUAGCAAGUCCUUUCUGCCUGAGUCUUUGAAAACAGAGGUUCACAUUGUAAGAACUUGUAAUAACGCUGCGAAAACAGCCCUCAAACUCUGGCCGUCCCUCGCAACCUCCGCUGGUCCUGCACACAUGGGAGGUGAGCAUCGCUGUGGAGCAGCGCUCACUGCUGCAAACACCCCUCAAAGCACUCGGCAGAGCUGAGCUUGGCUCUGUUGGAUGGGGCAAAUGUGCCAAUGGCCUGAUCCUGCGCUGGCAUGGCAGAGCACUGGCUUUGGGCACAGCUGAAGAGCAGGAAGGGCAGGGUGAUGGUGUGCACCCAGAGUUGCCCUUUCCACUAGCAUUUACCACCCUCCAAAGCCCAGGCCAGCACCUGCGUGCUGUCAGGUGUGUGAUGGCAGAUGCCUUGAGAGGAGCUAAAGCUGCCUAAACACAUGUUAUUGUGGUGUGUGUGGAACACACGGAUAGGGAGCGCUUAUCAAGCAUAAUUUAUUCCAGGCCCUUUUUAGGCUGAUCUUUGCCAAUAUACACACGUACACCACAGAUGUAUAGCUAUGCAUUUUUGCAGGUGUCUACACUCAGCUGCUGUGCCACACCACUAGCAUCAGCCAGGAUACACUCAUGAGGACCUGUGACAAUCCUAGGAAAAAAAAAAUUAAAUCCAUAAAGCACCUGACAGUAUUUUAAGUUUAUUGUAACUCCCUGCUCUACAAGUGUACAGAACCUCAAAUUGUCUCUUUUCCUCCAGAACUUUUUGAGCGGUCCUGAAUAACCAUUAUUAGACACUGUUCACCUCCAAGCUGUAACAAAUGCCUGAAGAGGGAUGCUGAGAUCUACCUUCAGAGACAAAAAUCUCAAGUUCUUGCUUUGCAUCUUCACAAGCACAAUUGCCUGAGAAGUUUUCUCAUUCUCCAUUGAGUGACCCAUACAGAGUUCUCACCUCUACAGACACAGACGUGAUUAAAAUCCCACCCCCAAACAUUUGUUUUUACUUCAUGGCUUCAGCACAUGCUGCUCUAGGGGAAAAAAAAAAAAAACAACAACCACAAAACAAAAAAAGAAACAAAUAAACCACACACAAAUUCCAUUGCUUUACAUUGCAUUGUGGUUCUCUGAACAAGCAAACACAAUGGCCAAAGCAUACGGCCAUUAGGCAGUCAUAGAAAUGAGGGCAGCACCCUGAAUGCAGCCCCUGUCCCAACCAGGGCAGCAGAGCCAUCUUCCAACUCCCCCCGCCUGUGACGUGAGCAGACACAGGCUGGAUCUGGUGAUCAAACACUCAUUUACUGCACUUGGCCUACGACAUGACCACAAGGACAGCUCUGAAACCAGCCCUGGACUGGGCACUAAAAUCAAGUCAAGUCUGCAAGUCUGGGAAGUCUAGGGGGAAGGUAAUGGUUUGCACAACUAUUGCCCUCCACCCCCCCCGACAAAUCUAGAGCAACAAAAAAAAAUUGUGCUAUGGUCAUUUCAUUAAUCUAGACUAGGACGGAGAUGCACUUCUAUUGUCCCAGUCCCAGAAGCAGGCCCACAGUACCAUAUGUAUCAGCUACAGGUCCCCAAAUGAUCUAAAAGCUUGAGAGACUUUUCUAUGGAUCACUUGGCGCAAAGGAGAGCUGUAUUUUCUGCACUGAGGAUGUAACUCUUGUGUUGGCCUGUAAAGAAGUCAUUCAUCUUUGCUAGCUAGAAAUCUAAUCCGCAUUGAAUCUACCAAGUUUACGUGCAGACUCGGGGACUGGUCACAAGAAGGUCUUCUGCUUUGUGCCAGUUCAGACUGAUGGGUGCAUUUUGUCCCUCGUUAAUGAUAUAACUCAUACCACCGGUGGCAAAAGGUACCGUUGCUUAAGUGCCAUUUUUCUGGUUUUCAGUUUUGACUGGAAUGAUUGAGAAAAGCAAUAUUUUUCUAUCAUGCACCUGAUUUGCUUUUCUAGGAAAGCAUCUCAGAGACCCAAAUACAUUUGGACCUUAGCAGGAGCUCUUCACUGUACAAACAGUUUUAUCCAACUGGUCACCUCAAGUUCAUUAAACAAAAAUUGGACAAUCCAUGGGGCUGCAGUACUUAGUUCUGCUUCUAGCUCUACAUUUGCUAUAGGUACAUUAAUGGUUGAUGCCAGAAAUGUCAAAAUACCUGCCAGCUCUGAAAGAAAUGAUACUUGGCCAAAACCUCAAACAUCUGCACUAUGACCAAUAUUCACUCCACUGCCUUCAAUGAAACUAGAUUAGAGGCCACAAGCAAAUAUGGUCCAAAGAUGUUA